GUGAAGAAGGAGCCAGGGUGGAGUCGUGGAGUGCGGAAAGAGAAACAGGGGCAAAGUGUUUUUUUUUUUCAUUUUUCAUUUUUUAUUUUCAUCGGCUUCUUAUAUUUGAAAAUUUUGCAGUCCAGAAACAAGCAUGAGAUCCCUAAAAUCCUGCCAAGUUUUCUUCAACCCAUUGUUCUUUUUGAGGAUUUCCAACUGAUGAGCACUAGCAGAAUUUGUCAUUGUGAAGUCCUUGUAUGUUAACCUCGAAGAUCUCAGUGGAACAGAUAAUAAAGAGAAAAACAAGGACGGGAAAGACAUGUUUUCAUUAUUCUAUGGACUCUGGAAUUAUAUCUUUAGCAAGACAGAGUUUCAUGUUCUUAUUCUUGGGAUCGACAAGACUGGAAAAACUACUUUGCUAGAGAAGUUAAAGACAUUGUAUUCAAACUUGGAAGGACUUCCUCCUGAUCGUAUAGUUCCAACUGUUGGCCUCAAUAUAGGCCGUAUUGAAGCAUCAAAUACAAAACUUGUCUUCUGGGACCUGGGAGGUCAAAGUGGUCUACGAACAAUUUGGGAGAAAUAUUAUGAAGAGGCGCAUGCUAUAAUUUAUGUCAUUGAUGCUGCUUGCCCUUCACGUUUUGAAGAUUCAAAAUCCACAUUGGAAAAAGUACUACGGCAUAGAGAUCUACAAGGGGCCCCAAUUUUGAUACUAGCAAACAAGCAGGAUAUUGCCAAUGCUGUGUCAGCAGAAGAACUUAAAAGGUAUUUGGAUCUAAAGGAGUUGGAUGAAAGGCCUUACAUGUUUGAAGCAGUUUCUGCAUAUGAUGGGACAGGGAUUCAGGAAGGCGUAGACUGGCUAGUGGAAGUUAUGGAGAGAAGUAAGAGAACAGAAAUGUUAAGAGUUCGUGCAGGUGUGACUGGGCCUGUUUCUAUUUAGGAUUGGUUGAUUAAAGCCUCAAAAAGUUCUUAUAAGCAAGAUUGGUCUGCUGCUUCUAAUUAGUGAAUCAAAUGGAUAUAAUUGCAAAGAGAUGACAAAAGGAUUGGUGUAACAAAUUCAUGCCAUAUAUGUCAGAAUACAAACAUCUUUCAACAAGUGGCUAUUUAAUGCCACAUUCGAUUAAAGCAUGAUUUUACUUUUUAA